AUGUCAGUGUCGCUGGACCAGUCGACGGAUGCAGAGUUCGUGCGCUUCGUAGCUCGUUUCUGUGGUGUGAACUUGAGCUCAGCCGCCUCGGGUCGUCUGCGUGUACGAUUCAGCAACUCCAUGGAGCUGCAUGAGCCCACAACCAUCGCCAAGUACCUCACGCGCUGGGCCAAUCGCGAGCACGAGCUGCUGGGCGAGACGGCUUUCGAGCGUGCCCUAGUGGCCAUGUGGCUGGACUUUGCGCACCGACUCCAGCACUGUACGUCCUCCCAGGCGUUCGCACUCUGGAAGGUGCUGGAGAACUCGUUGCAGCAGAAAACGUACCUAGUGGGCAACCGCGUGACGCUCGCGGACGCCGCGCUUUUCUACGUGCUGCACGGAAGUAUCAGCAGCUUCCAGUCCGUGCAGCAAAAGCAGUUUGUCAAUCUCGUGCGCUGGUUCGACCAGGUGCAACACACGGCAGGCGUGCGUGGCUUUCGUGACCUUGAGGUCAUUAAGUUCGAGCACAAACCCUUCGCGUUUACAGCGUAG